AUGAAAGAUACACCUGGAGAAAUUGAUACUAGAAAUGUCGUUAAGAAUCGGGAGCUGCUUUACCGCAUGAUAAUAAGUCAAUUGUACUACGAUGGAUUCCAGCCUAUUGCCGCGACAUUGGCGUCGGCUGUUCAUGCUGACCCGCCAUGUCCACCCAGCGACCGACUCCUGAAUCUAAUGAUGGUGGGCCUGCAACAUGAACCAGAUCGCAAGGACAGGCUCGCAGCUUCCAGCGGAGCUGAACAUCUGCUCGGAACUACUGGAUUUGACCUUGAAUAUGAAAUGGACGCUUCAUCCCUGGCUCCGGAGCCGGCUACCUACGAGACUGCUUACGUCACGUCACACAAGAUGGCGUGCAGAGCCGGUGCCUUCAGUGCUUGUGGGCAACUGGUCGCUACUGGAUCUGUUGAUGCUUCUAUUAAGAUUCUGGACGUGGAACGUAUGUUAGCGAAGUCGGCGCCGGAGGAGGUGGAUCCAGGGAGAGAACAACAGGGUCACCCCGUCAUUAGAACAUUAUACGACCACACAGACGAGAUCACAGCGCUGGACUUCCACCCCCGGGAACAGAUCCUGGUAUCCGCCUCCCGAGACUGCUGCAUCAAAUUGUUUGACAUCACCAAGGCGUCUGCUAAAAAGGCUUACAAGUCUAUCACUGAUGCAGAACAAGUACUUUGCGUGGCCUUCCACCCACUAGGUGACCAUAUAAUAGCGUCCAGCACUCAGCCGGUGAUCAGACUGUAUGACGUCACCACGAGCGCUUGCUUCGUAUGCCCAAUACCAUCCCACCAUCAUACAAGACAAGUUAAUUCUAUACAAUUUUCGCCAAACGGCAAGUACUUCGCGAGCGGUAGCGCUGACGGAUGCGUGAAACUGUGGGACACAGUGUCGAACAGAUGUUUCAACACUUUCAUAAAUGCACACGACGGCGCUGAAGUCUGUUCCGUCGCGUUUACUAGGAAUAGCAAGUAUCUGCUAACAUCUGGCCUGGAUUCGUCUAUAAAACUCUGGGAGUUAGCCAGUAGCCGAUGUCUGAUUCAAUAUACCGGCGCGGGAACCACAGGCAAGCAAGAACACCACGCUCAGGCAGUAUUUAAUCACACAGAAGAUUACGUAAUGUUCCCCGAUGAAGCUACCACUUCACUCUGUACUUGGCACUCCCGUAGCGCCAGUAGGUGCCAACUAAUGUCUCUGGGGCAUAAUGGCGCUGUCAGGUUUAUAGUGCAUUCAGGCACUGCACCAGCGUUUUUGACAUGCAGUGACGAUUACCGUGCAAGAUUUUGGUAUAGAAGAAAUACACAUUAA